AUGAAACCCACCACAACCACCACAACCGCAACAACCCUCCUCCUCCUCGCCACCCUCACCCUCGCCAACCCAGCAGCACCCGCCCCCCAACCAAACCCUCAAAUCGCACCACCCCUCGACAUCGCAGCCCGCGACGCUGCUAUCCUUGAGAGCAUCCAACUCGAGGCGCGCGCAAAGAAGCCCAAGCCGGGGAGCAGCGAGGGCGGUAACGGAAAUAGUUCGAAUAGCACGGGCGCGGCGGUUAUGAUGACGACAAGUCGGGCGCUGCAGGUGGGUGCGUUGGGGUUGGGGGUUGUGGAGGUGCUACAUCUAAAGACAGCCAUUUCGGAAUUCCACUCUCUCCCCUUGCCACUCGCGUUCCAAUCGCUGUAA